CGGACACGAGAAAAAUAGCUUAAAAAUUGUAAAACCGGAAGGUGUUCGAAAGCAAAAAGGAGAGGGGAGAUGGAAGAAGAGAAAGCGGCAGCUUACUACGACGAGCUGACUCGUAAGGGCCAAGGCGCUGCCCGUUUCAAACAGGGCCUCGGCUUCUCCUCUAACGACGCCGUUUCUUCCCAUACUAACAAGCUCUCAUUUGUUAAAGCAGGAGCUUCUUCCACAGGCCCUGACAACAACAACAACAACACGUCUCAAUCUCAAUUGGAUAAAGAAGCUCAGCUCAAGUCAAUUCAGCAAAAACUCUCUAAAUCAAAAUCCAAUCAUUCAUCAGAGAGAGAUCGAGAUAGGGAGAGAGAUAGAGAGAGGGAGAGACGUCGUAGUCGGAGUCCGAGGAGAGAUCACCGGAGUAGAGAUAGGGAGAGAGAUAGAGAUAGAGACAGAGACAGAGAGAGGGAGAGAGAUAGAGACAGAGGGAGAGAUAGAGAGAGGGAGAGAGAUAGAGAUAGAGAUAGGGAGAGAGAUAGAGAGAGGGAGAGGGAGAGGGAUACUGGCAAGGAAAGAGAUAGAGAGAGGAGGAAGAGGAGUUUAUCGCCUCGCGAUAAGAGGAAAUCAAACAAGGAUGGAAUUGAUUAUGCUAAACUUAUUCAUGGUUACGAAAAAAUGUAUCCAUCAGCACUGAUAAAAACCAUUAUAUUUUGGCAACAGUCCCCUGCUGAGAGAGUCAAGGAGAAGAUGAAGCUUCAGCUAUCUGAAACUGCUAAAAAGGAUGCAACAAAUGGCAAGGGUCCCGGAUGGGAACGCUUUGAUUUUGACAAGGAUGCACCUCUUGAUGAUGAGGAGAUCGAAGCUGCAGAUGAUGACAAGGAGUUGGUUAAGCACAUAGGUCAAAGCUUUCGAUUCUCCACAGUUGAGACAAAAAAUGAGGAAAAACUCAAGGCCGCUCAUGAUGAGGCCAUGUUUGGAGCUCCGACUUUUGCACCAGCAGUCGGUACAGACACUGAGGUGGAAGAGGAGGAAGACAAAAGGGAAAACCCUGUGAGUCUUAUAAGUGACCAGGUUCUGGCCAUGCAACAAGGUUCUUGGAGAGAUCGUGCUCGUAAAGCUUGAGUGGACUAGUAUGUAGCUAGUCUGAUGUCUCUGCACUGGAUUGAUAAAUUGAUUAGGAAGGAGUUCAAAAGGUCCAAUUAACCUGAUUAGCCCCCUUGCCUACCAUGUAAUUGUAGUUUUGUUUAAUAGCAGCAGGUGACUAGUGUCUUACUGAAUUUGUAUAAUAAUUUUAAAAUUUUGACCAGAAAGCAGAAGGCACGUAUAUUAAUAUAUUUUUUUUCUGAAACA